AUGGCCGAACUAUUGUCAACAACUAAACUUCAUGCUUUCGACCGUCAAGACACGACUUACACCUCCUUUGAUGGCCUGGAAAUUGGCAUUACUGUCUUCGUACCGAAGAAUGUUGACAAAGGAUCAACUCUACCAGUGCUUGUGAGGUGGCAUGGCGGUGCAUUGAUAAAUGGUGGCAGAGAUUAUGAGCCUUGGUUUCCUAGAUGGAUAAUCGAACUAGCAGCCCUCCACAAGGCCAUAAUCGUAUGCCCGGACUACCGUCUGCUGCCCGAAUCACCUGGCCUCGACAUCCUCUCCGACCUCCACACCUUCUACACCUGGCUCCACACCUCCCUCUCGUCUUUCCUGAUUUCCUCCUUCUCUGACUCUCGCCCCACCCCAGAUCUCUCGAAUAUCCUCAUAACAGGUGAAUCAGCAGGCGGCUACAUGGCAAUCCAAUCCUCCCUCCUGGGAGAAACAAAAGGUGUCAAAGCGGUCAUCGCCCAUUAUCCCAUGAUUGACCUUCAAGACGCAUGGUACAGCAUCCCCAGCCACAAGGAAAUCUUCAAUCAACCUCCCCCAUCAUAUCCUCCAGGCUGGCUAGACGCGCAAUUGAAAGUCGCCGGGACUGCUGCUCCGGUGACCUCUCGCAUCCCCAAGGAAGAAGAUCUGGACCUCUUCGUCGCAUUGUUGCAGCAAGGACGAUAUACCGAAAUCCUAGGCGCCGACUCAUCGCUGUUUCCCUUGGAGAAUUUGAAAAAAGUCAAGGAAGAAGGGAAACCAUUGAUGCCAAUGUGGAUUUUUCACGGAGAUGAAGAUUCGAUUAUUCCCAUUCAAGGUACGUGGAAGUUUAUGGAGGAGGUGAAGAGUGUUUUUGGAGAGAAAGAGGGAGGUAAAGUGGAGAGUAGGGUUGUUGUGGGCAAGGAACAUGGGUUUGAUAAUGAUGAGGUUGGGCUGGAGGUAGAUUGGGUAAUUGAAGCGCAGGAGUGGUUGAAGGAGUAUUGGCCUUGA